UGAAGAUGACAGCAUCUGUUCAAUACAUAAGAAAACUGCUGGGGAAAAGCAGCUGUGCGACAAGCAACCUGCUGAACACUGGACACAAAACACAGAAGAACACUAUUGAUUAUAAAACAAUCAGGAACAAAGAUGGAAAAAGUCAUAAAAGAAAUGUUGUGCAAUCCCAAGACAAGACAACAGAGCAGUAUAUAAGGAAAAGUGUCGUUUUAAGAAGAGAAGAAAAUGAAACUUUUGGGUUUGACAUCCAGACAAGCAGUGUUGAGAGAAGCAUCAGUGCUGAGCAGGAUUUGGGCUCAUGUGUGUGUUGGGUGAAGGAGAACAGUCUUGCAGAGAGUAGUGGGUUAAUGACAGGUGAUGUUAUUACAACAGUCAACAAUGUGUACAUUGCUGGAUUCACUCAUCAGCAGAUCAAGGAUCUGGUUCAAAAAUCCUCCAUCUUAAUGUUGGAGAUUAUCAGAGGUGCUACAGAAAAGCAGAGGCAAUUGCUUAGGAAGCUUGAUCUCCUGCAGCAACAGUUUACAGAGAAAUGCGAAGAGCUUCAGACACUCAUCGCAGAGGAAGUGCAUCUGACAGGAGGUGCCGUUGAAAACAUCCCGAAGCCUUGUACCCUUCCUACAGGAUCCUCUGCUAACCUUUGAUGACAGUGUAGACAGUUUUCUUCCACUUCCAGUACAAUCAAACACACCUAAUCAAGGUUGUGGGGUUCUCUUGAAAAUGACAAGCUAGUGCAUUAGAAUAGGGUUGAAACUAAGCUCUGUGAUAAAGUAGAUUGGGUACCCUGUGCUCCUGAAUCAUUUUAAAGUUAGUCCAGGAAAGCAAUCCUGGCCAUAUGGUCAAGGAG